CGCCAGCUUCUCCUCCUCCCCGCCCUCCCGCCCGAGCCCUCCAGCCGGUUGGCCAAUCCCAGCCGGGCUCCCGCUCCCGGAUCUCCCGGCUGCUGGUGGCGCGGGGCCCCGAGACUGCGCGGAGAGCUCGAGCUUUGUGCCCGGCCGCAGCUUCUGCACAAAGAGACCAAGAUGAAUGCAGAGCCGGAGAAGAAGUUCGGCGUGGUGGUCGUCGGCGUUGGCAGAGCCGGCUCCGUGCGGCUCCGGGACUUGCGGAAUUCACACGCUUCCUCCGCGUUCCUGAACCUGAUUGGCUUCGUGUCCAGACGAGAGCUGGGGAGCAUCGAGGGAGUGCAGCAGAUUUCUCUGGAAGAUGCUCUUUCCAGUCAAGAGAUUGAGGUGGCUUACAUCUGCAGUGAGAGCUCCAGCCACGAGGACUACAUCAGGCAGUUCCUUAAUGCUGGCAAGCAUGUCCUUGUGGAAUAUCCUAUGACACUGUCUUGGGCAGCAGCUAAGGACCUGUGGGAGCUGGCUGAGCAGAAAGGGAAAGUCCUGCAUGAGGAGCAUGUUGAACUCUUGAUGGAGGAGUUUGCAUUCCUGAAAAAAGAAGUGGUGGGGAAGGACCUUCUGAAAGGGUCUCUCCUCUUCACAGCUGGCCCAUUGGAAGAAGAGCGGUUUGGCUUCCCCGCGUUCAGCGGCAUCUCUCGCCUGACCUGGCUGGUCUCCCUCUUCGGGGAGCUUUCUCUCGUGUCGGCCACCUUGGAAGAACGAAAGGAAGAUCAGUAUAUGAAAAUGACGGUGUGCUUGGAGACAGAGAACAAGAGUCCGCUGACGUGGAUUGAAGAGAAGGCACCCGGCCUAAAGCGAAACAGACAUUUAAGCUUCCAUUUCAAGUCUGGGUCCCUGGAGAACAUGCCCAACGUAGGCAUCAAUAAGAAUAUUUUCCUGAAGGAUCAAAAUAUCUUCGUCCAGAAACUCUUGGGCCAGUUCUCGGAGAAGGAACUGGCUGCGGAGAAGAAGCGCAUCUUGCACUGCCUGUGGCUGGCGGAGGAGAUCCAGAAACACUGCUGCUCCAAGAAGUAAGGGGAGGGGCCGGCGCGGCUCUGCGGAGCCCAGACCGUGGUCUGGUUUUUACUGAGUUGACCUUUAUCUCUAUUCUUACCAUUAAACGUGUCUUGGGUAAACAGGA